AUGUCACCUUUGCCAGUUAUUGUUUGUGGCGGCACCAACCCGCAGGUUUUCGACGCUAUCAAACCUCUUUACUUACCCGAGUACGAAGUGAUAUAUAAAGUCACUGGCAGCGCCUCUGGAGCAGUCGAAAUACCGCUCUUGCUGCAAGAGCAGGCCCCUUCUAUUGGCGAAGAGCCCAAUGGUGGCACCAUGAACUAUUCCAAGCCACCCGUGGCUGUGUUUGCAGGAGCUUUGUACGGCGACGAGGAGAUAGAUGAGAUGCGCCAGGCAUGUCAAGGGCUCAGUUCUGUACCUUGGCUAAAGAUGGAUAUGAGUGUGCCCAAGCCACCACUUGGGCCGGGGUAUGCCGAGCAUGUGGCGCAGAGAGUCAAGGCAUGUAUGAAGAAGAUCGAAGCCGAGGGAAAGUUGGAACAAGAUGGAGUGUGGCUUUACUGA